GCUGCCUGCAUUCGAUUUCAUCAGAUUUCUUCACUUCAAUUCUCUGGCCGACAAGACAGCAAAAUAAUUCGUCUAUAAAAACCUUCAUUCUUUAAUUAUUUAAAAUUCUUUGACGAAUAAUUUGCCACUCUGUGUUCAGUUUGAGUGUACUCGUCAGCAAAAAUUUUCUCUAAUAAAAGUUUUUCUAUUGUCAUUUUGUUACUUAAAAGUUUUAAUUCUUUCAACUGAUUAAAAGAUGUACCGUCUUCCAAAUUUAGCCCGUCAAGUGGCAAACGCCAGGCUAUUUCCAAUUGUUUCGUCAACAGCACCAAGCGUGUCGGUGUCCCAUCGUCGCGGAUAUGCCAAAGAUGUCAGAUUCGGUGCUGAUGUCCGAGCACAAAUGUUGGUUGGGGUUGAUAUUCUUGCAGAUGCUGUCGCAGUCACAAUGGGACCCAAGGGAAGAAAUGUGAUCCUUGAGCAAUCAUGGGGUUCUCCUAAAAUUACAAAGGACGGUGUAACUGUCGCAAAGGCCAUUGAACUUAAAGACAAAUUCCAAAAUAUCGGAGCUAAAUUGGUACAAGACGUUGCUAACAAUACAAAUGAAGAGGCUGGAGAUGGCACAACGACUGCAACGGUUUUGGCAAGGGCAAUUGCUAAAGAAGGAUUUGAGAAGAUUAGCAAGGGUGCUAACCCAGUCGAAAUUCGUCGGGGUGUAAUGUUGGCUGUUGAUCAUGUUAUUGCCGAAUUGAAGAGGAUGUCGAAAAAUGUGGAAACUCCAGAAGAAAUUGCACAAGUUGCCGCAAUCUCAGCGAAUGGUGACCGAGCUAUUGGAGAUCUGAUUUCAAAUGCAAUGAAAAAGGUUGGAAGGGAUGGAGUUAUUACUGUCAAGGAUGGAAAAACCCUGCUGGACGAACUUGAGGUGAUCGAGGGGAUGAAGUUUGACCGAGGAUACAUUUCGCCAUACUUCAUUAACACGGCCAAGGGAGCCAAGAUUGAGUUUCAAGACUGUUUAGUUUUACUUUCCGAAAGGAAAAUUUCUUCCGUUCAAUCCAUCAUCCCAGCUUUGGAGUUGGCCAACCAGGCUCGCAAACCCUUGGUCAUUAUUGCUGAGGAUGUUGAUGGCGAAGCCCUUUCUACCCUUGUGGUUAACAGGAUCAAGAUUGGUCUUCAAGUCGCAGCAGUUAAGGCCCCUGGCUUUGGCGACAAUCGCAAAAAUACCCUUCACGAUAUGGCUGUGGCCACCGGUGGAUUGGUCUUUGGCGACGAAGCUGACCUGGUGAAAGUCGAGGAUAUCAAGAUGAGUGACUUUGGGCAAGUUGGUGAAUGUGUGAUUACUAAGGAUGAUACCCUAGUCCUCAAAGGAAAGGGUAAAAAGGACGAUGUUGAUAGACGUGUUGAAACUCUAAAGGAUCAAAUCAAGGAGACAAACUCUGAAUACGAGAAAGAAAAGUUGCAAGAACGAUUAGCUCGUUUGGCGGCUGGUGUGGCUGUUCUUAAAGUUGGAGGAGCUAGUGAGAUCGAAGUCAAUGAAAAGAAAGAUCGAGUCAACGAUGCUUUAAAUGCUACCAGAGCAGCUGUAGAAGAAGGAAUCGUUCCUGGAGGUGGAACCGCUUUAAUCCGUUGCUUGAAAUCAUUGGACAGCCUUUCGACUGCCAACAAUGAUCAGAAAAUCGGUGUCGAUAUCAUCAAAAAGGCACUUACUCAACCGUGCCAACAAAUUGCUAAGAAUGCUGGAGUCGACUCAUCCCUCAUUGUUGCAAAAGUUAUGGACAACGCGGACGUUAACUUUGGAUACGAUGCGCUCAACGACAAAUUCUGCAAUAUGAUUGAAGCUGGUAUUAUCGACCCUACCAAAGUAGUCAGAACGGCUUUAAUGGAUGCCGCCGGUGUCGCCUCUCUACUUUCCACUGCUGAAGCUGUCGUUACCGAAAUUCCAAAGGAAGAAAAGGAUAUGGGAAUGGGAGGUAUGGGUGGAAUGGGUGGCAUGGGAGGGAUGGGGGGAAUGGGUGGCAUGAUGUAAUCUUUAAACGUAGUGGAACAUCACCAUAGUCUGAGAGUAUGAUUGUUUGAAAAAAAGUGAACAAGACAACUAUAUUUUGUACUCGUUUUAGUUAUCCUUACUUAUACUGCUACUUCCUGUGUAUGUUGUUGUUGAUUAUGAGUCGUAAUAAAAGAAUCUAGUUGUUACAUUGUACCAAAAA